AAUAAAUAAAUUUACUUUGUAUUAAAAUAUUAUGUGCUAACAUAUAAAAGUACAAUUAAAAAGAAUUUUUCAAGUGUGUGUAUCAAGAGUACAGUUAAAGUGUAUGUUGAACGUAAGGUGGCGUUGUGUGUUUUAAAAGGCCAGCCAACGAAUACUAUCUAAUGUAUAUAUACAAACACAAAAGUGCAUUUAUAUGAAUGUCAACAGCAAUAAUAACAACUACAUAUAUAGUUAUUAAACAUGUACAGUAGCAAUGAUGAUGACACACAAGUUAGACAGCUACAUAAAGUAAAACGGAGGUUUAACGAAUAGCAACAACAACAACGGCAACAACAAUAGCUGCUCUCAGGCAGGCAAUAAAACAGUUUUAAAAAAAAAAAACAAAAAACCUAAUAGAGAAAAAGAAGAAGAGAUAAACACAGUAAAACACACAACUAACAUAUAUACAUAUAUUUUUAAACGUAAUUGUGUGCGCGAAUACAAUACGCAAAACAAAAAAAGAAAAAAAUAAUAAUAAAAUAACAAAUACCAGCUCAAUUUUAACUCUCAUCGCAAUACAUGCAUAGCUAAUGUAAAAAUAGCUGACUGCAAUUUCUCAGAGAGCGAACAAAACCCGAUACGAAAACUUGUAAACUCUUCUAUCCACAUUUCUAUUGAGAGCGAACGAAAGAAAUAGAGAAAGAGAGAGAGAGCGAGCGAGCGAGCGAGCAAAACUAAAAUCUCUCUACAAGCAUAAUGUAAAAAAAAAUUCACCAACACAGGCAUCAACUUCAAAUAAACGGUUGUGUGUUAAGUAAUCAAGAAUACGCUGUAAGCGGGAAUAAGAAACAAUGAACAAAUGAGAGAUAGAAACGUGAAAAUAACAAACAAAUACAACAACGAAUAAUAGCAACUCAGUCUGUAUAUUUAUAUAAAAUACGCUUUCAUGUCAGUAUGUAAUUGAAAUAACUUUCAUAAAUAUAUGAGUGAAAAAAAGGAAAAAGAGAAGCGAGAAUAUUUCAAAAAUAUUUGGUUGUUUUCAUUUCGGCUGGUGUGUAGUUAAUUCCUAUUUUUUUAGAUUUUUGGCCGCCUCGAAAAAAUCGCCCGUUAAAUGCAAUUUCGUAUUGAAAAAUUAUUGAGUGUGUGUGUAAUUAAACGUUGGCUUUUCCAUAAUAAAUUACUCAAGGAGAUUAUGCGUUUAUUUAAUUCAUCGCCUGUCACUUAUAGGAGAUUCUUUCAUUGACAUUUCUAAACGAAAAAAAAAUAUUUCCUCUAUUACUACCACUACAGCAACCGCGCGACUACUAUUCAAGGCAGAAACAAUUGAGGAAAUUUUGCGCCAUAAUACAAGAGUCCGCGACGAAUAUUAAGGAAGAUGGAAAUUCAUACAACUUUAGAAAAUUUGUGCCGUGUUUGUGCCGCCAAUACUAAGGGCAAAAAUUCCAUGCCCGAAUGUGUUUACGUAUUAAAAACUCCCGGCUUAAAGGAUAAAAUCGAAAAAUACUUAUAUUUGAAGAUUGAUGAACAUGAUAUUUUACCCAAAGUCUUAUGUAAGACGUGCUUUCGUCAGGUGGAGGCCACUGCUGCCCUCUCAAAUAUUGCCAAGCAUACUCAACAAGUUUUCAAAGAUUUUCUAUUAAGUACUUUGCCAAAAACUGCUACCAGCAACAGUGCUCUGACAGUCAGUACACCUGCUGCUACUGGCGCGGAGUCUAAUAGCGGUCUGGAGUUCACCAAUUUGGAUUUAAAUCUGAAUAAGGAAAAACCACGAUUUCAUUAUAAUAAAUCUUUGCCUCCAGCACCAACUCCAUCUAAAAUCGAACUUAAAUCCCAGAGCAAGAGGAAUUCUGCCACGCCACCAUCAUCACACUCAACAAAUAAAGAGGAUGUUGUUGUUAAUGUUUCCGUUAAUGAUCCUUUAACACGCGACAAUCAGCAAAAGCUUAUUAGUAAUUCACAACGGCGACACAGCAUACUCUUAGAUACGCGGUAUACACCUAAAUCCAUAGCGCAGAAAUCCUUUAGUGGUAUUACUCAGUACCAAAGAGAAACAAAUACGAGCGAUAGUGUUGGCAACAAAAAGCAAAGUCCUUCUGGGGUUAUAAAUUUCUUUACUACUAACGCCGACGCAAACCCGGUGAAAAAUAAUGCCAGUUACGCGCUAGGGACACGUCUUAAUUCGGGAUGUGAUAAUCAAGAUCACAAAAGCAAGGAAAGCAUGUCCCCGAAGCAUACGGCCGAUCUUAAUACCACAGCCGACAUCAUACAACAAAAGCGUAAAAAUCUUUCGAGAACCUUAAACAAUAUCAAAACGUGUACGGGUCAAAUAUCCCUAUUAAAAGUUUCGCAUCAAAAACCGCAAAUCAAUAAUAAUAAUGAAGCAGUUAAUCAUACUGCUACAGAAUCUCUACCUGAAAAAAUUAUUAUAGCUGCCCCGAAAAUUAAAACGACAAGAAGCAAAAGAACUUCUGAUAAAUCCAAUAAAAGUACAUCUUCGGCACCUACUCCGGCAAUGUUACCACCACCUCAACCUAUAGACCUUCCGUCAACUCAUCAGCAAUCUCUAACUAAACCGGUUUUCCCUGAAGAUAUGCUAUUAGGAAGAGUUAUUCGUGAUGCAGAUCUUCUGAAAUUAAUUUUGAAAGCGUUAAAGUGGCCCAUUGAUCACCAAUCCAUAGAAAUGCAAAUUCAGCGCCUACGGAAUUCAAAAUUCACUGAAAUCAUGUCCGAUCCGAACCUUUUGCAAGACACUGACUUAACACAGCUGUUGGGGCCAUAUUUAGCACCAGUUCUACUAGCUGCGCAAGCUCUCCAACAACAGCAUCAGAAUUUAUUGAAAGCUGCACAAGCACAAACGUUCGCUCUUCCACCGCCGGCGGCAAAACCUCUAGAGAUAUCCGCAGCUGAUUUGAACAGUUCAAUCCCGUACAAAUUGCCACCUGAAACUUCAGUACAAUUGGUUCCCGCUUGCCCCGACGAGGGGAAAGAUAUAAGUAGUACACAAAGUACCACUUCUUCACUGACCAAUUUAUCGCUUAAACGUGAUCGAAUUUCUUUGUUGGACUCGAAAUCAACCAAUUUUCCAGCGAAGAGAGCUAAAAAGACUACUAUUGAGAAAGACAAGGAUUCUUUGGCAAUCUCCUCCAUUGAAAAUAACGUUAAAGACGAGCGUGUAGAAGAAAAACUCAAAUCAACAGCAAACGUAAAACAUCGGUCUUCGCCUGCGAAAACCCAGGCUAAUCUCAACGUGGAUUCGAAGUCAACUUUUGUUAACCAUUUCGCUUUAUUAAAUGCCGGCGUAGAUGCAUCUACCGAAGCUUUAAUGGCUUUGCUGCAAAAACAAAAAGCCGCUUUAAGUCGCCAACAAAGGGCGCAACGUAGACGCCAUAGCAGCCAUUCGAGUAUAUUGACCUUACCCGUCAAUGAAUUUGACGCUCUCAUUGAUAUAGGCGAUGAUAUAGUACUUAUGGAACAUGCGAACACGAGUUCAACUAACAGCACUUCAACGGACUCCCAAGCCCUUGUUGCUAACAAACCGCAAAAGCAAGAUCAGCAAACAGAUAAAAUCUCUUUUGCUUUGCCAAGUAGCAUCAACCUGGCACCUGUCAUAACGCGACCCAUAAUCAAAAGACGUAAAACAGUUAUACAAACCGUGCCGCGUCCUAAAUCAGACUCAACCAGUGAGGAUAAUAAGAAGGGUCAAGAUGUAAUUAAUAACAAAAAGAAGACUUCAAUGGAAGAACAAGCCCCGAAAGCGGGUACAUCGCAUGUCGUUAAUAGCGAAACGCAAGUGUCCAAACAUCAACGCGAAGAAAUGCAAUAUGCUUCAAAGUCUACAUCCACCGAAGCUCUAAGAACGCAGACUUCCGCUGCCACUAGCGUCACUUCAUUGUUAUCCAAUCAAGAAAGUAGUCGCUCAAAAAGCAAAAAACAUCAAAGUUCAAAAGCAAGCUUAGGACAACAGCUUCUAGAGGCCAUUGGUCUGCAAAAAGUGACUGAUAAGCCCGAUCCACCGCAUACUACAUCGGAUACAUCUACCUCAUCAACUGCUACCAAGGAAUCCAUAGAGCAGAUACGCAGCGCCUUGAAGCGAUCGCUAAAACAGGCGCAAGAACAACAACAGCAGUUGAAAAACGAAGUAAGUGGUGGUGAUAACGCGGAUGUUACUGGAACUACAACAAAACAAGACGCUGAUUCUACUGCUGCUCGUCCACUGAUAAAGGAGGUAAUUGUAGAAGGUAAGCCACAUGCUGAUAAUUCAUUGGUUGAUUUGGAAGAGCAAAUCGAUAAAGUCACUCUGAUGGUGCGCAAAUCGAUGGACAAGAGCAGGUCGAUGGCAGCAGCAAAGACUCAUGAAAAGAAAUCGUCUGGUAGAGGUCGGCCCUCGCAUUCGAGUAAUUUAGCAAUAAAAUCUGAAAAUGCCUCUACUGCCAUGGAAGAUGCAGCCGAUAAAAAAAUGGAAUACGAAAAAUCGGAAGAUGCAAGUGUAACCAUCAGUUCAGAUACAGACAUGCCUGCUAGCAUCGGUGACAGCUUAGCAUUAACAGAAGUGCUGCGGCCAAAAGAAGAAAUACCUGCUACCCCUAAGCGUAGGGGACGGAAAAAAAAUAUUGAUAAAGAAGUUGAAGGGGACGCGGCAAUUUCUGCUGGUAACGAAAAAGAAGUGGAAAGAACUAUAAAGACGGAAGUAACGGAUAAACUAAAUCUAAGCGAAACGCCACAUAGUCAAAAAACGGACGAUCAGAAUGCCACAGCAACUGGCCGUCCCACGCGACACAGUAAAACACUCUCGAAAUAUUAUAAAGGUCCUGAGAAAGUGGAGCCAAACAGACGAGCACUCCCUUCUAGAGCUACAAGAAAUAGAAAAUAUUCCAAGUCUUAAGAUGUAUUAAUGUAAAAUAGUAAGUCUCUGCCUCUCUUCUUGCUCUAUAUAAUCCAAGCACCGAAAGUCUUUUUUUCUUCUUAAUUUUAAUAUUUUCUGAUAUAUUAGCGAAAAAGAAAAAUUUCUUUUUCUGUAUAUAUAA